CGGGGGCGGGUUAAAGGGGCGGGGCCGGCGCCGGCCAGCCCGCGGCUCUCCAGGCCGCCCUCCUCGUCCGCCCGGCCCCGCAGCGAGAGCUGCGCCAUGGAGGCCACCGGGGUGCUGCCGUUCGUGCGCGGCGUGGACCUCAGCGGCAACGAUUUCAAGGGUGGCUACUUCCCUGAGAAUAUCAAGGCCAUGACCAGUCUGCGAUGGCUGAAGCUGAACCGCACGGGCCUCUGCUACCUGCCAGAGGAGCUGGCUGCACUGCAGAAACUGGAGCACUUGUCUGUGAGCCACAACCACCUGACCACGCUUCAUGGAGAGCUGUCCAGCCUGCCGUCGCUGAGGGCCAUUGUGGCUCGAGCCAACAACCUGAAGAAUUCUGGGGUCCCUGAUGACAUCUUCAAGCUGGAUGACCUCUCGGUCCUGGACUUGAGCUACAACCAGCUGACAGAGUGCCCGCGGGAGCUGGAGAGCGCCAAGAACAUGCUGGUGCUGAAUCUCAGCCACAACAGCAUUGACACCAUCCCCAACCAGCUCUUCAUCAACCUCACCGACCUGCUGCACCUGGACCUCAGUGAGAACCGCCUGGAGAGCUUGCCCCCACAAAUGCGCCGCCUGGUGCACCUGCAGAUGCUCGUGCUCAAUGGGAACCCACUGCUGCAUGCCCAGCUCCGGCAGCUCCCAGCGCUCACGGCCCUGCAGACCCUGCACCUGAGGAACACGCAGCGUACCCAGGGCAACCUCCCGACCAGCCUGGAGGGCCUGGGCAGCCUAGCAGAUGUGGAUCUGUCCUGCAAUGACCUGACACGGGUGCCCGAGUGCCUGUACACCCUGCCCAGCCUGCGCCGUCUCAACCUCAGCAGUAACCAGAUCACAGAGCUGUCCCUGUGCAUUGACCAGUGGGUACAUGUGGAGACCCUGAACCUUUCCCGAAACCAGCUGACCUCACUGCCCUCGGCCAUUUGCAAGCUGACCAGGCUGAAGAAGCUGUACCUGAACUCCAACAAGCUGGACUUCGAUGGGCUGCCCUCAGGCAUCGGCAAGCUGGCCAGCUUGGAGGAGUUCAUGGCUGCCAACAAUAACCUGGAAUUGAUCCCCGAAAGCCUGUGCAGGUGCACAAAGCUGAGGAAACUCAUUUUGAAUAAGAACUGCCUGGUGACCCUCCCGGAGGCCAUCCACUUCCUGACGGAGAUUGAGGUCCUGGAUGUGCGGGAGAACCCGAGUCUGGUCAUGCCUCCCAAGCCCGCUGACCGCACCACCGAAUGGUACAACAUCGACUUCUCACUGCAGAACCAGCUACGGCUGGCGGGCGCCUCCCCUGCUACUGUGGCGGCAGCAGCUGCUGCAGGAAGUGGGCCCAAGGACCCUCUGGCUCGCAAGAUGCGGCUUCGGAGGCGCAAGGACUCGGCCCAGGAUGACCAGGCCAAGCAGGUUCUGAAGGGCAUGUCAGAUGUGGCCCAGGAGAAGAACAAAAAGCAGGAGGAGAGCAUAGAUGCCCGAGCCCCCAGGGGCAAGGUGCGGCGCUGGGACCAGGGUCUGGAGAAGCCGCACCUGGACUACUCUGAGUUCUUCACGGAGGAUGUGGGCCAGUUGCCUGGCCUGACCAUCUGGCAGAUCGAGAACUUCCUGCCUGUGCUGGUGGAGGAGGCCUUCCACGGCAAAUUCUAUGAGGCCGACUGCUACAUUGUACUCAAGACCUUUCUGGACGAGAGCGGCUCUCUGAACUGGGAGAUCUACUACUGGAUCGGCGGGGAGGCCACCCUGGACAAGAAAGCUUGCUCAGCCAUCCACGCAGUGAACCUGCGCAACUACCUGGGUGCUGAGUGCCGCACCGUGCGGGAGGAGAUGGGCGAGGAGAGCGGGGAGUUCCUGCAGGUGUUUGACAACAACAUCUCCUACAUUGAGGGUGGCACAGCCAGUGGCUUCUACACUGUGGAGGACACGCACUAUGUCACCAGGAUGUACCGCGUGUAUGGGAAAAAGAACAUCAAGUUGGAGCCCGUGCCCCUCAAGGGGGCCUCCCUGGACCCAAGGUUUGUUUUCCUGCUGGACCGAGGGCUGGAUAUCUGCGUGUGGCGGGGGACCCAGGCCACACUGAGCUGCACAACCAAGGCCAGGCUCUUUGCGGAGAAAAUUAAUAAGAAUGAGCGGAAAGGGAAAGCAGAGAUUACGCUGCUGGUGCAAGGCCAGGAGCCCCCAGAGUUCUGGGAGGUGCUGGGCGGGGAGCCCUCCGAGAUCAAGAAGCAUGUGCCUGAUGAUUUCUGGCCCCCGCAGCCCAAGCUGUACAAGGUGGGCCUGGGCCUGGGCUACUUGGAGCUGCCGCAGAUCAACUACAAGCUGUCUGUGGAACAUAAGACACGGCCCAAGGUGGAACUAAUGCCUAGAAUGCGGCUGUUGCAGAGCCUGCUGGACACACGCUGCGUGUACAUCCUGGACUGUUGGUCCGACGUGUUUAUUUGGCUCGGCCGGAAGUCCCCGCGCCUGGUGCGUGCCGCCGCCCUCAAGCUGGGCCAGGAGCUGUGUGGGAUGCUGCACCGGCCACGCCACGCCGUGGUCAGCCGCAGCCUCGAGGGCACCGAGGCGCAGGUGUUCAAGGCCAAGUUCAAGAACUGGGACGACGUGUUGACAGUGGACUAUACGCGCAACGCAGAAGCUGUGCUGCAGGGCCCGGGACUCGCAGGGAAGGUGAAGCGCGAUACCGAGAAGAAAGACCAGAUGAAGGCCGACCUCACUGCGCUCUUCCUGCCGCGGCAGCCGCCCAUGGCGCCGGCCGAGGCGGAGCAGCUGAUGGAGGAGUGGAACGAGGACCUGGACGGCAUGGAGGGCUUUGUGCUCGAGGGCAAGAAGUUUGCGCGGCUGCCCGAGGAGGAGUUCGGCCACUUCUACACGCAGGACUGCUACGUGUUCCUCUGCAGGUACUGGGUUCCUGUGGAGUAUGAGGAGGAGAAGACCCUGUCCGACGGCAAGGAAGGCGAGGAGGAUGCGGGGCAGGUGGAGGAGAAGCAGCCGGAGGAGGAUUUCCAGUGCACCGUGUACUUCUGGCAGGGCCGCGAAGCCUCCAACAUGGGCUGGCUCACCUUCACCUUCAGCCUGCAGAAGAAGUUCGAGAGCCUCUUCCCCGGCAAGCUGGAGGUGGUGCGCAUGACACAGCAGCAGGAGAACCCCAAGUUCCUGUCCCAUUUCAAGAGAAAGUUCAUCAUCCAUCAGGGCAAGAGGAAGGUGGCCCAGGGUGCCCUGCAGCCAAGCCUUUACCAGAUUCGCACCAACGGCAGUGCCCUCUGCACCCGGUGCAUCCAGAUCAGCACUGACUCCAGCCUCCUCAACUCUGAGUUCUGCUUCAUCCUCAAGGUACCCUUUGAGAGUGAAGACAACCAGGGUAUUGUAUACGCGUGGGUGGGCCGGGCCUCAGACCCUGAUGAGGCCAAGCUGUCGGAGGACAUCAUGAACACCAUGUUUGACAGCUCCUACAGCAAGCAGGUAAUUAAUGAAGGUGAGGAGCCCGAGAACUUCUUCUGGGUGGGCAUUGGGGCACAGAAGCCUUAUGACGAUGACGCUGAAUACAUGAAGCACACCCGCCUCUUCCGGUGCUCCAAUGAGAAGGGAUACUUUGCGGUGACUGAGAAAUGCUCUGACUUUUGCCAAGAUGACCUGGCAGAUGACGACAUCAUGUUGCUAGACAAUGGCCAAGAGGUCUAUAUGUGGGUGGGGACCCAGACAAGCCAGGUGGAGAUCAAACUGAGUCUGAAGGCCUGCCAGGUGUACAUCCAGCACCUGAGGUCCAAAGGGCAGGAGCGCCCCCGCCGUCUGCGCCUGGUCCGCAAGGGCAAUGAGCAUUGGGCCUUCACCCGCUGUUUCCACGCCUGGAGCACCUUCCGCAAGGCCCUAGCCUAGGGCCACCACCGCCUGCGUGCAGUGCCCAGCUAUAACCCCACACUAUGGGUGAGGAAGAGCAAGGGCCUCUGUCUGUCUACCACCUGCCAGCAGAGGCUGUGUGCAGGUGGCAGCCCCUGCUCCAGCCAUCCCCCAGGGCCACAGUCCCCAGCAGCACACCCCAGACAUCACAAUGGGAGUGACCCUGACUAGUCCCCUAAAGGGUCUGGAAAAUUGGGAGUUGCUCCAGUGUAUACUCAAGUAGACACCACCACCCCUCCAGGGAUAAAGUAGAUAAGUCACCUUUUAAGAGAUAUUAAAUGCUUUUAUUUUCAAUAUUAAAAAUCAGUAUUUUUUAAUAUUAAAACAAUGCUAAAUAUAACAAAAUGACAAAAAAAAAAAACCCAAGGUACAAUCUACAGAGGACCCAUCCUGGCCACUGACCCUCCAGUAUGCGCAGACACAGACUCUCACUCACUCACUCACUCACUCACUCACUCCUCACUCACUCACUCCUCACUCACUCACUCACCACUCACUCACUCACUCCUCACUCACUCUGCAGAGGACCCACCUGGCCACUGACCCUCCGGUACGUACAGACCACACCCACACCCACACCCACUCACUCUACAGAGGACCCACUGACCCUCCAGUAUGUACAGACCACACACACACACCCCCUCCGGUACGUACAGACCACACUCACACCCACACCCACUCACUCACUCACUCUACAGAGGACCCACUGACCCUCCAGUAUGUACAGACCACACACACACACACACCCUCCGGUACGUACAGACCACACCCACACCCACUCACUCACUCUAGAGGACCCACUGACCCUCCAGUAUGUACAGACCACACACACACACCCCCUCCGGUACGUACAGACCACACUCACACCCACACCCACUCACUCACUCACUCUACAGAGGACCCACUGACCCUCCAGUAUGUACAGACCACACCCACACCCACUCACUCACUCUAGAGGACCCACUGACCCUCCAGUAUGUACAGACCACACACACACACACACACACACACACACACACACACACACACACACACACACACACACACACACACACACACACACACACACACACACACACACACACACACACACACA